CUGCUUGCAAGCAGGGCGCGCUUGGGGGAGCUGCCUUUGCACCCCGGGACUCUAACCACCGCUUCCAGCCAAUGCAUGAAAGAGAAGCGGGGACAUGGACUGCUACCUACGCCGCCUCAAACAAGAGCUGAUGUCCAUGAAGGAGGUGGGGGAUGGCUUACAGGACCAGAUGAACUGCAUGAUGGGGGCACUGCAAGAACUGAAGCUGCUUCAGGUACAGGCAGCUCUGGAACAACUGGAGAUCUCUGCAGGGGGUCCUGGCACAAGCUCUCCUGAAAAGUCUCGGACACAGCCUGAGUCCUCUCUUUGGCGGGGUGGCAGAGGUCCUGCCAGGUCUGCAACCUGUGUUCCCCCUAGUCCCCCUUCUUUUGACAACAGCACCAAGUUUCCAUCUUGCAGGACUGGCUGUGAGGAAGGUCAGGCCCCCGAGACACUUGCACAGCUGCCUAAACCCCGCAGCUGGGCACUGCAAAGCCCAGACCUGGAAGAGACACACGACUGGCCAUCCACUCUCAUGUCCCAGGGCCGGAACCGCCAACCUCUGGUUUUAGGGGACAAUUCUUUUGCCGACCUGGUGGGCAACUGGCUGGACUUACCCGAAGUGGAGAAGGGAAGUGAAAAGGCUGAGACUGGAAGGGCAGAGGAGCCCAAAGCCCAGAGGGGCCAUUCCUGGGAGCUGGGCCGCAGAUUUGCCCUCACUGCCAACAUUUUCAAGAAGUUCCUACGCAGCGUUCGGCCAGAUCGGGACCGGUUGCUGAAGGAGAAACCGGGUUGGGUGACCCCCACAACCUCCAAGCUCUGUGCCGGCCAGGCUCACAAGGCCAGGAAGUGGAGUCGCUCCAAGGGCUGUGGACAGUUCCCUUUUUCUGGUUCUGGGGAGCCCAGGCGAGGGGACACGCAUUCCAUCACCUGCCCCAAAGCCCUUCAGCCUUCAGACUCUGGCUUUGAUAUCAACACAGCUGUUUGGGUCUGAAUUCCAAACAUCCAAAUUGGACUUGACUCCCCCAUCAAAGCCAGUCCCCAUGUUGGCCCCAGGGAGGUCAGAUGAUGUGGCUUUCUGGGGCUUGAAAGGUGGCGCAAGCGGUAGGGCUUUUGCCUUGCAUGCACUAACCUAGGAUGGACUGUGGUUCAAUUCCUUGGCAUCCCAUAUGGUCCCUCAAGUCAGGAGCGAUUUCUGAGCACAGAGCCAGGAGUAACUCCUGAGCUUCACUGGGUGUGCCCCUUUCCCCCCCCCAAAAAAAAGUCAAACUCUGGGGUCCUUUACCUUAGAAAGGAGGGAGAAGCAACAGGAAUAUUUGGAAGACUGGGACAGGGGCCUGGGGAUUGGGGAGAGGGAGGGAGAGAAUGUGUGUGUGUGUGUGUGUGUGUGUGUGUGUGUGUGUGUGUGUGAGAGAGAGAGAGAGAGAGAGAGAAAGAGAGAGAGUUGCAUGCAUGUACAUGUAUAUACUAUAUAUUGUGUAGACUCAUGUAGGGAAGACCAAGAAAACCUCUCAACUUUCUUUCACUCUCUCUUAAGACCUCAACUUAUCCUUCUGUACAAUCUUGAAGCACAGGUCUUCAGGCCCCCCAAUAAAGAGCUUGUCUCCAGUGA